GAAGGCAGACUUCUGAAAGCCACUCCAAACAGCUGAGUUUACGGGUUUUCUUCUUCGAGGUCCAAAACCAUCCUAAUAAUUUUUGAUUUUUUCCUUCAUUAAUUGGGGAAGAAGACCGAAUCUAAUGAAGGAGAAGGAGGAAGGAGUGGAGAUAAGGGUAAACAGUGUACCUUACAACCACUAAGAUUGAUUACAACUCAGCAACCAUGGGUGAGGCGGGAGAGGCGCCGACCCCAGCUGUGGUGAAAGAGGGAUGGCUCAACAAACGAGGUGAGCACAUCAAGAAUUGGCGGCAGCGGUACUUCUUCCUCCUAGAGGAUGGGACUCUCCUGGGCUUCAAGACCAAGCCAGAACAUGGACUGGCAGACCCCCUUAAUAAUUUCACUGUAAAGCGCUGCCAGAUUCUGAAAACAGAGAAGCCACGUCCCAACACUUUUAUUAUACGAGGUCUACAUUGGACUACUGUCAUAGAGCGAACUUUUAAUGCACAGUCUGCUAGUGACAGAGAAGCAUGGAUGGAAGCAAUAAAGCAAGUGGCGGAGCGAAUAGCAGAGGUGGAUGCAACGUCUGGUCAGAAUGUCCAGAUCCAGCCAGCAGAUUGCGUUGACAUUAAACUCAAUUAUUCACAGGAGGAUGAUGAUGGGCUUGGGGCGAGAAGCUCAAAGAAGAAAAGAAAAAUUACAUUGGAUAAUUUUGAAUUCUUAAAGGUACUUGGGAAAGGCACAUUUGGAAAAGUAAUCUUGUGUCGAGAGAAGAGUAGUAAUCACUUUUAUGCUAUCAAGAUCCUUCGUAAGGAUGUAAUUAUUAAACGCGAUGAAGUUGCUCACACACUGACAGAAAACCGAGUAUUGCAAAGGGUUGACCACCCUUUCUUAACGUACCUCAAGUACUCAUUCCAAACAAAUGACCGCCUGUGCUUUGUAAUGGAAUAUGUGAAUGGUGGAGAGCUCUUCUUCCACCUCAACCAGGAACGCAUCUUCCCAGAGGAACGUGCCAAAUUCUACGGGGCUGAGAUCUGCUUAGCUCUGGGAUACCUUCACGAGAGAAACAUUAUAUAUCGUGAUUUAAAGCUAGAGAACUUACUCCUGGAUGCUGAUGGUCACAUUAAGAUUGCUGAUUUUGGUUUAUGCAAAGAAGAUAUAUCAUAUGGUUCUACGACACGAACUUUCUGUGGUACACCAGAGUAUCUGGCUCCUGAGGUACUGGAAGAAAAUGACUAUGGACGAGGUGUUGAUUGGUGGGGCUAUGGAGUGUGUCUCUAUGAGAUGAUGGUAGGACGUCUUCCCUUUUAUGACAAAGAUCAUGACAAACUCUUCCAACUCAUCGUUUGUGAAGAUGUAAGAUUCCCACGUACAAUAUCACAAGAAGCACGAGACCUCCUCAGGGGCCUGCUGCACAAGGACCCAAACACACGUCUUGGAGGUGGACCUAGAGAUGUAAAAGAGGUUCAGAAUCACCCCUUCUACAUCACCAUCAACUGGAAAUUACUGGAGGAGAAGAAAAUCACACCUCCUUUCAAACCACAAGUAACAAGUGAGACGGAUACACGGUACUUCGACCGAGAGUUUACAGGAGAGUCGGUGCAGCUCACUCCCCCAGACCAGGGAGAACAUCUCAACAGUAUUGAUGAAGAGUCAGAAUACUUUACGUUCAACCAGUUUUCAUACCAGGAUAUCUCAUCAACCCUUGGCAGCUCACUAGCAUCAAGCAUCAAUUCCCUAGAUGUUACAGAAGAAGGAUUCCUUGUCAACACUUACACAGUGCACAUGGACAGUGCUGUAUACAUAUAUAUAUUAGUAAGGGAGGAAGAAUGGUGUGUAAGAAUCAGUGAAACCCUUUCAGAUAUUUUGUAUUUACCCAUUUUUAGAUGAAACUGGAAGAAUAAAUACUUUGAAAAGACCUACAAGUCUUAGCAAAGUAAUUUAUCAUCACAUACACUAAUACAUGUAGAAGGAUUGAAAAAUACUACUUGUUAGAAAUUAAGUGAACCCCCAAAAUGCAGUUUUUUCUAUUUGCUUCUGGUGAAUAUUUACUGUAGGAUUUACUAAUGUCACUUUUAAAAGUAAUUUAUAUCUACAGAACAUGACACAAACCCAUUUUUGUCUUUCUUUUUGGAUUAUUUCAACUCUAUGAAAAGAAUUGUUGCAAAAUGAAACCGCCUUACUUUUGCUUUGUUAAUGCUCAUUUGCCUAGCAUUGGUUACCACAUCCUUCACUGCAUACAGACCUCCCAAACAGUGCAUAAAUGGAAUGAAUCUAAAAUAUUUGUUUUUCAAUCCAGCAAGAGGUAUUAUGCACCUGGAUCCUUUCAAGAACAGCCCUGGAAUUAAUUCUUAAUUUAAAUGCUGUUUUGUAAGGCUGGGAUUUGCAGUCUUCCAUUGCUGGAGUUGAUGUCAGUGUUUAUGCUAAAAUUGUUAAUACUGUGUACCAACUGGUUACACAGACUUAUUAAAGGUAACAGAUGUGUACCAAAAACAUCACCUUCAGUUUGAUGCUGUAUUGCAUAAUUGUGCAAAAUAUUAUCAUAUCUUUAAUUUUGAACGGUUAAAAGUGAAUGUCCUAACAACGUAUAGACUCUAAGUACACAAUUAAAUCUAUAGUCAUUGAUGACAAAGAAAGGAGAGUUGCAUGAAGUCACUCUUAAAUUUUUGUGAUUGUUGGAAGUCUGAAGAUGAACUGUUAACAUAUAGCAGUGAAAAUGCCAGGUGUGUAUGAAAGAUAUUUUUAUGCCCAGGAAAUAUUUACAUUAUGAUAACACUAAUGACAACAGGAAUCAUGUAUUCAUGCCCUGUCCACUAUUAUUUAAUGUAUUAAUUUUGAUUACACAUUUAGGGAUGAAGAAGUGCUUAGUCACCAAGGAUACAACUACUAAAUCCACCUUAUGUAACUUAUUCAUCCUAUACCCUGAGUUUUCAGAUUUAUUUUUAUUUUUAUCAUUAUGAUUAUUAUAACAUAAUUAUGUUAAUAAUAAUAGUGUUCAUGACUAUGAUAAUAUUAGGAAAAAUGACUUUAGUGACUUAAGGGAUUGUGAAGCCACCUUUGUAAAAACAAAAUAGAUAAAACAGAACUAUAGUUAACAGUGCAUGUAUCUAGUGCCAAUAUGUCAAAACCUAGGGUUCACUUAUUUUCUCGCCUGAAAAUAUUUAAUGAUUGAAUACAUGUUGGACUGUGUAACUUUUAUGUAUGUACUUACUCAUGCAGUUUUAAUUUGUUUUCAGAGAUUGUGAUAUUUUGCUUAGCUUUUGGCCUAGAAAAGGGAUAAAUACAGUAUCCAUUAGGGUUCAGUGAACUUUACACCUCUACACUGUGUUCUCAAAAGAUGCAUGCUAAUAGUAUGUGGACAAAAUGAGCUUACUAUUAUAUCAUGAUUAAUGCCAGGGAAAAAAGUUUAUUUGGUAUUUAGAAAGAGAAAUUUGAAACGAAAUGGUUUAAAACAUUUUAUAAUGUAUGUAUAUGUAUUUUGUACAGUGUGUAUCAUAAUAUUACUUAUGCUGGAAUAAGGUAUUGCUGUAAACUGAUCCAUUUGU